AUGGUCGAGCCAGCCCAGUCUGAGCCCCAAGAGGCCCCAAGCCGGAAGCGCUCCAAGACUUCUGAUGAUAAUGAUGGAGAUCGGAGCAAGAAGCGCUCUAGAGGUCGGCCUAGGUUGGACACCAAAGAUGAGACAGCACAAGAGGCAAGUCUCCAGCGCCGGCGUACCCAAAUUCGCCUGGCCCAGCGAGCAUAUCGCAACCGCAAAGACACUGCCAUCACCUCCCUUGAACAAAAGGUUAGGGACCUUGAGCAGACCAAUGAGGAUAUGGGCAAGGAAUUCAUGAACUUCUUUGACUUUGUCCUAGCUCAAGGGAUGCUCGAGAAUGCUCCAGAGGUUGCACGACGCCUCAACGACACAACUCGCAAGUUCCUGUCUUUCACGCGCAGAAAUGCCGACGAUGCCGCUAAGGAGGCAAGCACUCCUGCUCCUGCCCCCGCUCCUGAUGAAAGGGAGGCACAGGUUGAGGACCGCCCACAGGAGAGGCACGGUUCUGGUUCGGGCUCUUCUAGUGCACCGAGUGACGAUUUUGUUCCUUCAAACCCAUCAGCCGCCGGUCCUGGUCCUCUGGAAACCCAACUCACCACUCCACCAAGCUUGGACCCUCUGCAGCAGCAACUGACACCGCCUGUUACUUUACCGUACGAAAUCAUCACCAUGCCGACAGCAGAGAACGCAAGUUUUCCAAUUUACGAUACCCAGGCCUCAAUCCCCUUCAGCCACAACCCGUUUACCUCACCACCGUACCCCGGAAUCCCUUCGCCAUCUUCAUAUGCAUCCCACGAGCGGACUUUUGGUCGCCGCCUCCAGAGAGCAACCGUCGAGGCUGGCCUCAGGCUGGUAUCGAUGAACAACCCUCCUCCCCACCGUUACGCAGCGGUGUUUGGGUUUUGCCUGUUGUUUGAGCCCAGGGAAGCCAUCAUCCGUCGUCUGACAAUGGUGCUUAGCAAGUCAAGAAAAGAGACCUUGAACAACUGGAAGUACCCGUUCACAAAUCUUGGUGGCGCGGGUACAUUCUUCUCGGGCCCAGGAGGAAACGGGCCCCAGCCAGGAAUGAACGUCCCUGCCAGCGAGAUGCCUAUUGGAAACCAAGGCUUACCAGAGCCUUUGAGGCCGCCAGAACUGACUGGCUUCUCGAUGGGACCAUUCAACUCAGAGACCGAGAGCAUGAGAGAUGACCGGAUUGAUAUUCGGAUGCGGAUGAUGCACAAGGGUUUCGAGGGAGACUUUUUUGACGCCGAUGAGGUCGAGACCUAUCUUCGCCAACGAGGUAUCAUCAUCCCCGAAAACGCAGACUUUGUCGAUGCUGAAAUCGACAUUGGAGAAUUUGACGGUUCCCCGAAUCUUCGACCCAACCCCAACAUGAACAACACUGCCAACAAUAGUUUCUUUGGCGGCCCACAAAUACCAACUUCUGGCCCAGAGCUUUUCACCGUACCUCAACAAGGCAUGGGUGGCGCACCUCACAUGUGGUCAAGCAGUAUACCAACGACUCUUACACCUGGAACCUCGUCCAUGACAACGACGCCUCUUAUGGCCCCAACGAUGGGCCAUGACUUGGGAUCGCUAAUGCCGAGUAUGCCACCGCCUGAUCAGCAAUUUAACCUCGAAUUGGGAUCCUUCAUGGACCCGUCAUAUUUCCCGCGAGCGUGGACGGACUCUAGCUGGAUGAAGACCAAGGUGACGAUUGAUGUCAACCGACUUGUUGCUGAAAUGACUAGCAUGGCAGUUUGCUUAGGAAGGACACCAGGCUUGCGGCCCAAGGAUGUUGACAAAGCAGUCAAAUCCGCAAUCGCAUUGACGGGACAGUGA